UUGAGCGCGAAUAAAAUACAAGCGGGAAUAAAAGCCCUAACCACCGACGAGGCAAACAGCCCGCGAGAAUACCUGUGAACGUCGUCGCCUCUCCUCUCUGAUGCUGAGAAUUGUCGUUGAUUGCCAAGAAGAUGCCACUGAGGGUGGAAGGUCGAAGCUCCUUUGGGUUUAGGUGGUGGAAGAUUAAUGACUUCCCGUAGCUGAUGGUUUAUGCGUGAUGACGAGGUUCUGUUCAUGUUGUUUGGGAUCGGGCUGUCACAACACCAUUGAUGGCUGGUAUUGCAGUAGCAGCAGCUGCUUAUGCUAGUAGAUAUGGAAUACAGGCAUGGCAGGCAUUCAAGACAAGACCUCCAAAGUUGCGCAAAUUUUAUGAAGGUGGUUUUCAGCCUGUCAUGACAAAAAGAGAAGCGGCUCUAAUCCUUGGGGUCAGGGAAAGGACUCCAGCUGAUAAGGUGAGAGAAGCACAUAGAAGAGUUAUGGUCGCAAACCAUCCCGAUGCAGGGGGUAGCCACUACCUUGCGUCUAAAGUCAACGAAGCGAAAGAUGUGAUGCUUGGAAAAACCAAAGGCGGUGAAUCUGCGUUCUGAGGAUCCUUAAACUUCUAUUGUGAUGUCAUUAUCAUUGGAGAUGGAAUUCAACAGGCUGCUAGUGAAGCUAAUGAUAUCUCGCUCCAAAUGAUCCUCCCAGAGUGAGACGGGCAGUUUUGGAGUGAAAUGCAAAGUUGAGUCUCAUAUUAUUUUUGAAACCCAACGAAUGGAUUAGGGCAUCGUUUUUCGUUUAAUUACAUUGUUCGGGAUAUAGUCCCAUUCCUGGAUUAACAAUUGCUUGAGCCGGUGCGACUGGACUGGUUACGAACUUCGCAUGGAACAAUGUCUCAUCUGAGAUGGAAACUUUAUGAUCUUUGCAGUCAAAAUAUGAGCCCAUGGAACAAUGUCUUGUAUGAGGUAGCAACUUUGUGAUCUUUGCAGUCAAAAUUUGAGCCUGCGUAUCCUCAUUUUUUAUAUUUAUGUUAUAAGGCUUAAGACUGA